CAGGGCUUCUUUUAAUCGCAGAGGUACCGGUUAUAGGCGGCUGAUACCCAAGCACUCCGCCAUAAUUCGCAGUUUGUUUGUGUUUUUACUUUCUGUUUGUUUUAGCUGACUCUUUUUCAUCGUGUGGAGUGCCGGCAGCUACUGUCCGAGCAGGUGGGGAGCCGAGAAGCUGCCGAAAAUGUUGUGAAAAAAUGUGGACAGUGUUACUCUUUCUGUACCUGGGGGCUCUGCACUGCUCAGUCUCCUCCUCUCCUCCCAGCCCCGUCAAUGUCAUCUUCUCCUCUCUGAAUCUGAGGAAUGUACUGCAAUGGCUCCCAGGAAAUGGCACACUGGAUGACACACACUUUACAGUGCAGUAUGCCAUCUACGGUGACAGUGUUGAGGGCACAAAACGGGUGCGCUGGAGGGACGUGCGUCGGUGUACAGAAAUAGUGCGGAAAUGGUGCGAUCUGAGCAAUGAGACAGGGGAUCUGACGCAAAGCUAUUAUGCCAGGGUUCGUGCUGUGAGUCGGAGAGCAUCGUCCAAAUGGGCCUUUACACGCAAGAGAUUCGAUCCACAUUCGGACACUACUUUUGGCCCUCCACUGGUUUCCGUAGAAUUAGAGGACAACAGUGCCAUCAUCAGUCUGAGGGGACCAAUGAGAUACCAGCCUAACAAUGACACCCCCGAGGUUUCUAUGGCAACACUCUACUUCCAGAUGACUUACAACCUGUCCAUCCGCGAUACCCGUCGCAUACAGACGAGCUAUAUCCCCAUUGGCUCCGUUCCAUACAAAUACCGCUUGAUGGAAUAUGAUACUAAGUACUGCUUCUCUGCCAUGGCAAGGUUAAUCUCAAUCCCUCUCCAUUGUCAUUCGUCAGCAUGGCACUGUAUAACCACGCCUCCAGACCCUGUGAUUGGCCAGCUACGGAGGGUGGUUGUGGGUAUUGUUGUUCCACUCGUGUGCAUGUGUAUGCUGCUAGUGGUUGGCUACGUUCUCUAUUACUACCUGACGGGGAAAGAAGAGAAGAGCCCGUAUAUACUGAACCCACCUCCUUUUCAUCAGCCCCCUCUGAUGUCCCCCCCUGAGAAUCUCAACAUCACCCUCAUCACCAUCAUCCAGCCAUCAGACCUCGAAAGCAACGUAUCAGACCGUAAUUACCCAAAGCACGACAGACCCUUUGCAGAACCACCACCAGGAUAUGCCCCACAGAGGGCACAGAGGGAAGUACCCCCAGAGCCUGAGGAACCCUGGGAUGAUGAGUCUGUUGACUAUGGGGUUGUUGGCGUAGCUCCUACAAUCAGUGUCCGAGGAGAAGAGGAAGAAAGAGAGGAGAGGAGGCAUGAUGGUGGGGAAGAUGGAAAUGAUCUGAAAGGUAUACACCUGAAAGGCGCAGCAGAAGACAGUUACAAGAAGAAAGAUUGGAGAGUUGGGGAUGGUCACCAUACUGGAGUUCACGCUCUUCAUGCUAAGUCCUACCUUUCGCAGAAGUCAACCCACACCUGCUCACAAACACACAUGCCGACAGAGAUGAGCACACUUAUACAGGCGCAGGCAUUCUCACAGGUAAAUUCUGUUCCACCGACCCACAUGCAGACGCCAUUACUGUCUCUUCAGGGAGCAACCAAAGGAGAGGAGGAUGGAGAGAAGCAGGGUAGAGAGUUUCCUGGUUUAUUUAUAAACAAAACCCCACAAAUUGGCCUCUUCCAUGUGCCUUUAAAUCUACAAACAAAGAAGGAGGGAGGAAUGGAGGAAGAGAUGGAUGGAAAGUUGAGAGCGAUAAGAGAUGGAAAGAUAGGUGGAGGUGUGGAGGAAGAAAGCGAGAGCGAAGGAGCACCUCUUCUUUCGGCUUAUGCCUCUCAGAGUAUCAAAGGCAUGUCUACCUCCCAUGCUGACCAGGCAGAUUUCUUACCAGAUGACUAUGGUGUUCUGAGACUGGCUACCGCGGACAGAACAGAGGAAGAGGAGGAGGAGGAAGAGGAGGGAACUAUUUGUAUUGAUUGGGAUCCCGAGACCAGGCAACUAGUGUUGCCAGAGAUGGGGAUGGAGUUCAGCGGGGAGGAAGGGUUGAUGCAGGGCAAGAAAGGGAGGGAGAACAGGAUGUGUGGAGAGGAGGAGGAGGAGGAGGAGGAAGUGAAUGCUACGAAGGGAGAGUUGAAGCUGGAAAACGUGUAUGUCAGACAAGGGUCCGAGGAAGCGGCAGAGGCACAGAAAGAGAUGGAGAGAGGUGGGGAAAGAGGGUGGGAGGUGGAUGAUAUUUUGACCAAAUGGAACUUGGUAAUCUCGAUGGACCAGUAGAUGAUAUUCAUCAAUAUAUUUACCCCAUUAUUACAGAAAAAUGUUCUUCUGCACUUAGACCGUACACUUAAAUUUAAUAUCAUGAUAGAAAUAAAAAUCAUGGAAAUAUUAUUGUACGAAAUCAGUUUUAUUUAAAUCACACGUGAUAAUAUUAAAUUCGAAGGAGCACUUAGUACUGUAGUAGGGUCUUUUAUACACACGAAUGUUGCUGCUUUAUCAUUAUUAUCCUGAUUUAUGAUGUAUCUGACUAACUCAGUCUAAUCAUUGUUUUAUGCUCGACAUGAAGUCAGACUUCUUGUAAAAGAUAACCUGUGAUAAAGGAUUCUUCCUGAUUAACGCUGUGUGAUACAAAUGUAAACCAUAUUACUCCAUGGUCACUAAUGCGUCACAUCUCAAGCCAAAAGAGCACCAAUGAACUGCUCCGGUUUCAUUUUCCAGAACUAUCAUAAAAAUACCAGAUUAGAUUACAUUGUGGACAGAUUGCACAAUCUUUGUGAUUGUGAUUUUAGUGAGUUCUGGAGAUUUAGUAGUAGUUAAAAAGUCCUAUAAAGAAACUUUAUGUUGGUGUUGCCUUCUACUUUAACAAAAAAAUAUCUGUUUACUUGAUAGUUGCAGUAGUUGUGGGUAGUUUUGGUUGUGGUCUACUCUGUUCCUGUUUUAGUUCCAGGUGAAGUACUUAAACUGUUUUUGUUGAGACAGUAUUUUUAUUGGUAUGUUGGUGGCAGAAUCAUAAUGUUAUAAUUCCUCAUUUUCUCGGUCAGUGACUAGAGCAUACUUUAUGUAAUAAUCCACCACUGCUGAAUAUAUUAUAUGAGGGAAAUACUGAUGUUCAAGGACAAGAUGUGCAUUUUUGUGAUGAUGAAGUUAAAACUAUAGCACUUUUUCUAUUCAAUCUAGAAACUGUAUAAAUAAUGAAGUUGCCUCACCUGCAGUAUGUGUCAAUAUUAUCUGUGCCUUUGUUUUCUGUUUGAGAUGUUCAGAGGUGUGGAUAUUUCCUCGUCUUGCCUCUGUUGUCAGACUUCAUUAUUUGCUACUGAUGCUACUGGUUAAAGCAAAGUAAAUACUUUCACUUUGGUACAAUCGUAUGUUCAUAAGAAUGCUACAUGAAUUAUGUUUCAUUGUGUAAUAAUGGAGGAAAUCAUUGUGCUCUUUUGUUAAUGUUCCUCUUUUUAAUUAUCUUUGCUUAAAGUCAUGUUUACUCAAAAUGUUAUAUGAAGGAAGCUUUGAUAACACAUUUUAUCCACACAGAAGUUACCGCACGGUCAGGUUUUGGGAAUUUUUGGCACAAAAUUACUGUAAAACCUCUUCCUGUACACUGGUAACUUGCAUGCAUCCAAAGCCACAGCAAAAGGGUAAUUAUGAAACCCCACAGGUACUUUUAGUUUCAGAUUCAUGUAUUUACACAACUCAGGUUAUUUACUAUGUGAUAUGUUUGAUGUUUUGUCAAAAUUUUUACUAUGUGAAAGAAGUCAGUGAUAUAUUUGUCACAGUUUUUUAUGUUGCAAGAAUUAUUGCAUAUUCAAAAAUAAACAAAUUAAC